UAUCAAAGAAGCAGUACAUAAACCAAUUGCUUGAGUUUUCCAGAAAUUUUUGGAGGGGCGGAGUAGAAGGGACGAUUGGAUACUGCGGAAACACACUUGUGCAUGAAUGAAUAAAUAACUAGGCACGCUAUAGGUCCAUGGUGUUGGGGAAGGAAGGACACACUGAAAGUUAAAGCGCUGCACGCACGACUCUGACAGGGAACUGUCCGUGGUGCCUGCAUGUCCCCUCUAUUUUGAGGGGACAAAGGACUCGAUCUAUGACAAACUCCCAAAAAACGACCUUAUCAUUGUAAUAACGAUGCUUGAACGUGAUUUGAAAAUUGUGGGGAGGAAAUCGCGUUCAAUUAUUAGGCACCUGGAUUAUUCAGAUCGCUGCUUGAACGACAGCUCAUCGAUCGCAUGAAUGGGAGAGCUAUUGGAUGAACGUUGAGAUGGGGGAAGCAGCGGCUUGAUCGAUGCAUCGUGUCUCUUUCACCCUGGGAUUGAUCAACUAAUUUCCCUUGAGAAGACUAAUGGUUUAAAGAAAAGACCGCUGAUCGAGGAGAUAAAAAAAGAAAAUCAAGAAAUAUAAUCAUGCCAACAAAUUAACUAGUCAAAGCUGUCUAAACAUUGAAGACCUGCAAACAAGAAAUCCGCGUUUACCUGUCUAAGAGAAAGCAAUAAAAGAAAAGCCAGCCAUGGCUCGCUGGCUUGUUUUAGUUAACUCCCUGGUCCUGUUGCUCUUUGGCAGCGACGCGUUUUUGGUCGGAGCAAACCGCCCCCCUGCUCCCGUCAAUGUGUCCGUCACCCACCUGAGAGCCGACUCAGCAACCGUAAGCUGGGAGGUCCCGGAAGGAGAUGUGAUCAUCGGCUUCUCGAUUUCCCAACAAAGGCAGGAGGGCCACACGCAGCGCUUUAUCCGCGAGGUGAACACCACCAGCCGGGCCUGCGUGCUCUGGGACCUGGACGAGGAGACGGAGUACAUCAUCCAGGUCCAGUCCAUCGGCCUGUACGGGGAGAGCCAGGCCAGCAAGAAGGUCCACUUCCGCACCCUCCAGAAGUCGGACCUCUUCCCGUCCAACAGCUCCAACCAGGAUGACCCAACGGUGCAGGGACUGGACAGGCCCAGACAUCUCCAGACUGGAGAGAUGAUCAUCAUAGUGGUGGUUCUACUCAUGUGGGCAGCGGUCAUCGCGCUGUUCUGCCGGCAGUAUGACAUCAUCAAGGACAACGACUCAAGCAACAGCAAGGAGAAGGCAAAGCCGUCCUCCGAGCACAGCACCCCAGAGCACCACAGUGGCGGCCUGCUGAGGAGCAAGUUUCAUCCAUCCGUGCCAUCGAUCAACAUCAUCGACGUUUGAGCAGCGAUGAAAAAAACUCCACAGUAACAACGCUUUCACCUUCAUCGACAGCACAUUCUCACGAUUGCCAGGGACGAGAAGGAAAUACAAAAACUGGAUUUGGCUUAGACGAUGUUUUGAAGCCAUUGAGGCAUAAAAAUAGAUGGAGAUGUCAGAUAUACGGUGUCGUGCCAAGUUUGAAAGACACGCGAUGCAUGCCCAUAAGUUGUACAUGAAUGACAGCAGAUGCUAAAAUCCCUUAACCUUAACCCUCUGUGUUCCCCUACCAUCAACACACACAUACACCACACACACAUAUUCUGGUAGCUCUACUACAAUGUUCCUAGAAGUGUGAUAAGACAUGUUCUGUACCAGAUUUUUGGUAUGUCAAUGCAACAUAAAAAUGCCCAUUAAUCAUCUCUGGGGAAGCCAGUCUAUAUAUUUUUUAAUAGAUAUUGUAUUUUAAAUAUAGAUACAUACGAUAUAUCUAUAAGGCAUUGUUCCGAAUAAUUGUUACAAACUAUUUCUGUAACAGUAUGUGAGUGACUAUUGGCUAAUCUCUGAAAUAAUUAGGAAUUCUAGUACUAUGUCCAUGUUUUGUUAUAUUUCUCAAAUGCAAUACAAUACAAAACAUAGAUCCUGUCUGUACAGACUAUAACAACUGAAUUUUCUCUAAUUUAUCAAUAAGCAGUUGCAUGCUGCAACUUGUUUUGCAGAUACCAUGAGUUAAAUUGCAAUUUGAUUAGUAUUGAUGAGGAACAUACAUUUUUUAAUGUUUUGAAUUUAUUGAUUGGAUGAUGAUUUUCCAACGACUGAAGUAUCAAGAUUGCAUUGAAUUUUAAAUUGGUGACAGUGGUUUUAGGCAACAAGAACACUCUCACUCAUUUCGGAACUUCAUUUUCAGUGUGGGUCAGGCGCAGCAGCAGUAGAAGUGGAACCCAUGAUGGAGUAGCUGCUCUUUCAUUGCAUGGUGCUGAAUAGUUAUCCGAAGAAUCAUUUAAAUGAAUCUCAAUAAUUUCUUUCUUGACUGUGAACCAUUUCGCAAAUAUGAACAUGGUGGUACUAAAAUAAAUUGGGUUUAAAGAAACAUACAACUUUGUAUGCAUAUAUAUAUUGGUAUGCUUAAGAUGUGAUACGUUUAUGAGAUGAAUGGCUGCUAUAGUGUGUAUAUAGUGCAUCUUUUAUAUUUUUUUGUAAUCAAAAGUGAUGUGGGCGAUGACGGGAUGAGUUGUGAAAAGCUAUCAUUGCGUACCUAUUUGUUCACGAAAAUAAA